AAAAUCCACACCUCCAUCACUGUUUCAAAGUUCUGUCGUUCAUACUAUCUCCAGGCCCUAUUCUUCCCAGGUCUACAUGGGGCCUCUUUGCUUCUUCAUACAGGGUUCUACUUGCUCUCCUUGAAAUAGAGAUUAACCCAUGACAAUCUGUCUAUCUCAAUACUUCUAUGAAUUUUCAUUCAUUUAAUCCAAUGUUUCAUUUCAUCAGCAUUAGAAGAAAACGCCAUAUCCCCAUCACCACCAAAUACUCAACACCUCGUUCUCUCUUUCUUCUUUUCCUCUUCCAACAAAACCCAUCUUCUCUAAGAUCCUUCUCUAACAUCUCAACCAACAAUCCCACCAAAACCCAAGCAACACCCUCCUCUUUUACACUCUCAUACCUCAUCAACUCAUGUGGAAUCUCUCCCCACUCAGCCCUCUCUGCUUCCCAAAAAAUGGAACUCAAAUCAGCUCAAAAUCCAGAUUCUGUCCUCAAAUUCUUCAGGAAUCAUGGAUUCACCAAAACCCAAGUCACAAAUCUCAUUGCCAAGUGCCCACGACUCCUAUUAGCCGAUCCCAACAAAACCCUCAUGCCCAAGUUCCAAUAUUUCCAUGGUUUGGGCAUUCCAAGCGCAACCCUUGCUAAGAUCCUCUCUUGGGACUACAGCAUCUGGAAUCGCAGCCUACAAAACCAAAUCAUUCCAUCCAUUAAUUUCAUUAAAGCUUGCGUCCGCACCAACGAACGCGUCAUCUGUUGCAUCCAGCAUUCAACCCACAUUCUCCGAUAUGAUCUCCAAAAAGUAAUGGAACCCAACAUCACGAUGCUGCGUGACCAAGGCGUGCCCGAAUCCAGGAUUGUGAGAUUGAUCACAAUUCAGCCCAGAGUGCUGAUGCAACCUGCUGAACGGUUGAAUGAGAUCGUCGCUAUGGUUAAGGAAAUGGGUUUCAAUCCGUCAACCGGGAAUUUCAUCCUAGCCAUUCAGGUGGUGUCAAGGAUGAGCAGAUUGAAGUGGGAACAGAAGGUGGCUGUUUAUCGGAGCUUGGGGUGGUCCGAGGAUGAGUUCCUCUCGGCAUUCAAAGUGCAACCUAUUUGCAUGACAACGUCGGAGAAGAAGAUCAAGAGAGUAAUGAAUUUCUUCGUGAAAGAGAUGGAUUGGAAGCCAUCAGAUCUUUCUAGACACCCGGGUAUACUUAUGUCUAGUUUGGAGAAGAGGAUCAUACCGAGAUGUUCAGUCCUUCAGAUUCUAAUGUCAAAAGGUCUUAUUAAGAAGGAUUCCAUUAUAAGAACUGCGUUGGUUCUUAGCAACAGGGCCUUCUUGGAAAGAUUUAUUAUAAAGUAUCAGGAGAUUAUUCCCAAAAUAAUAACAGUGUAUCGAGGCAAAAUGGGAUUUGAAGGAUUAGAUGCCAUGUCUGAAGAUGCUGGACCUGCACUAAAAUUGUAGACUUUCAUCUAAUUAUAUUGGGAAAGAAUGCAUUGGAGAGGACUGUUUAAGAGCUGCUAUUUGUUGUUAAAGAUUCCAAUGUGAAAGGCUGCGAUUAGGAGUGAUUUGAGUUCUUUGGAUACUGGAAUUGACAACAAAAGGGGAAUUCCUGAAGUUAUUGAAGACUUUAAGAAAGGGAGUCCUGACAAGUAAUCAACUGUCUUGUUUGAUUCUUUGGUCUGCUUAGGCAUUGGGAGUUCUGUCCAACUGCAUGUAGGUACGCGUACCAAUAUAGCAGAGAAGUAGUUGAUCUGAGCUUUCCAUCAAGUGGGCUACACCAUUUCGAUCUUGCAAGGUACUCUCCCAACUGCAGAUCAGGCCUUAACGGAUUGUUCCAAUUGGUUUGUGUGAGAAUUUCUAACAAUUGCAAUCAACAGUCCAAGGCUCGACGCUGCUCCAAUGCCUAAUUUGAUGGUUCAAUAUCACUCCAAAGGUCAACACCACUCCAGGACGAGCAGGAUCAAGUGUCCCAUCAGCUAGAUGAGGAGAAAUCUACCACAAUAGCCAGAAGUCAAUAUGAAACCUUUCUUCUGCAGCAUCCUAUGUGAUUCAACAGUUCAGAAGUGCACAAAAGAUGGCCCCACAUAGUCCAAUCAAGUGAAAGAAGCUGGGCCUAAGAGGAUUCUACCGAGAACCACACCAAGAAUCACUAUUAAGGGCGACGACUUAUUGGAAGCUGAAGAGCAAGGUUAACUUCCAGUUGCAGCACUGGUCAAAGACGAGAGACCGAUAGAAGCUUCGGCAAGGGCUACUGGUCACAUUGAGGAAGAGGAAGAAGAAGUUGAUCCCGCUCCACUUGUUCGACGUUCACGAUCAUCUCGAUCUGAGGCUUCACCUACCGAACCUUUGCUGCCUUCUUCUUUAGUUCAGGCUCCUCUUCUCACUUGAGGGAUGAAGAGCAAGGCGAUCCUACUGUCAAAGCUAGGAAUCCAAGUCAUGUUCUUGACACGUUAGAUCCCUUGAUCUACGAACUAACAGUUUAUGAGGAUGCUCAAAUGGUCGUUGUUGCGCCUACCGUUUCGUCGAACGUGCUGACAACUGUUCCUGCUCAAGCCAUUGUUGAUUCUGAUAGAACAAAAACUGCCAACCGAGCUCCUGACUAUCCUCUCUCUAUCACUAUUAAGUUGUCACGAGUUGGAAAAUUGGCCAAUCCUUCAGAGAAAAUGAAUCAAGAUGGUUUGCCUCGUACCUUAGUUGAUCUGAAUGCACUACAUUCCCUGAUUCCUUAGCUCCUAGGGAUGAGUCCUAUGACCGUUGAACUUGCGCUAGCUUCAUCACAUAGAAUUGUUGUUGACUUUUGACCUAGACGAGCUUGUUGACGAUCUUCAGUUAGAGACCUUAAUCGGCCAUGUCAUUAGAUUGGAAGCUCUGGGACCUUCUAGCCCCAUUACUCUUGAUUAGAUUGAUUCGUUGAAGCGAAUCCUAACGAUUGUUCGCAACUAUAAAGGAGUCAAGGAUGAGAUAAAUCGCUGAAAUUUCUCAAUGCCCUCAAAAACAACUUAUUUCGAGUGCCAGAAAUUUUGUUGUGGAAUUGAAGGGUCUUCGCAAGCGAGCUACAAACAUAGCCUCCGAAGUAUAGUCAGCUUAGCUAAAUGUUGAAGAUUUGAAGAAGCAGCUCGCUGAACUGGUAGUUCUCUAAAUCAUCUGUUCGAGUGAGGUCAGCCAGGCAAGAGGUCGAAUAUCUAAGCAAGCGACUAACCAACUUG